AUGUGCGUCCUCCGCGUCCCGGCGGCGCUCUGGGGACUAUGGCGGGGUGCGGCGCGGCGCUCACUGCAGGAGGAGCAGGAGCAGCUUGUGGGAGUAGCCGCCGACCUCUGGGGGCGCGCGCGGGGGCCCGGGCGGCGGGGGCGCGGCCUGCGCGGGGGGCGCGGCCCGGCCGCGGGCUCCCGACUCGCUGCACAUUCCUGGCGCCCGGUGUUUGCCGCCGCCGCGGGCGCUGCCCGCACGCCGGAGCCUACAUUAGUCUGCGUGACGGCAUCUGCAGAAGGCGUCUGUGAGAAGGCGUUUGCGAGAAGGUGUCUGCGAGAAGGCGCAGGAGACUUAGCCAUGCCGUGGCAGGGUCGCUGUUGGGAGACCCUGGAGGCGCUGCGCAGUUCGGACAAAGGUCGCCUCUGCUACAACUGCGACUUGCUGCUGUGGGGCGACGAUAUUUUAGAAGAAAGUAUGCCUCCUCCCAAGCUAUCUUCUUACUGUGGAUGGGUGAUAGAUCAUGUCUUAGCCCAUCAGCAAGAGAGCCCACUUCCCUCUAAAACUUCAACAUCCUCUAGAUCUACUUCAGACCUAGAUCAGACUUCAUUUGUUCCCACAUCUCCUGUCACAAGCCCUGCCUUCCCAUCGGCCUCCUCAGCACCAAAAGGAACCAAGGGAAGGGUUUUAAUGAGCUUAAGACAAAAGACAAUGGUGGCUGUCUAA